AUGGGCAAUCAAGAUAUUGAAUCUGUUGCGGACUCAAAGUCUGCACAUGCAAAGACCGACUUAGACAAGUCAGCCCCAGGUAUCGUGGAAGAAGGUGUGAUGGUCACUCUCACAAAUGAAGACAACAUUCGAAUCAGAAGAAAGACGGACAAAACGAUUUUGACGAUCCUUACCUGGGUAUACUUCUUACAGGUCUUGGACAAGGGCGUCCUGGGAACGGCCUCCAUUUUCAAUCUCCAGGAGGACACGGGUCUCGUGGGUAGCCAGUAUUCUCUCGUUUCGUCCAUUGCCCCGAUUGCGCAGUUAGCGUGGCAGCCAUUCUCGGCAUGGCUCAUUGUGAAGGUCCCGCCCCGUAUUCUGAUGCCAUCCAUGGUCCUCGGUUGGGGGGUUGCAGCAGCAAGUACGGCCGCGUGCAACAGCUUUGCGGGAUUGGUCACGGUUCGUUUCUUCCUGGGCCUCUUUGAAGCCGGAUGCAUGCCUCUCUUUACCAUCCUCACUGGCCAAUGGUAUCGUCGUGUCGAGCAACCACUUCGAGUUUCGAUUUGGUAUUCCAUGAACGGAACAGCCACUAUGGUAGCUUCUGCUUUAUCGUACGGCCUUGGUCAUAUCCCCUCAGAUGUGUUGAAGCCAUGGCAAACAAUCUUCCUUGUUGUUGGAUUGAUUACUAUUGUCAGCGCGCCCGUGGUUUAUUGGAAACUCGACAACGACAUCACAUCUGCCCGCUUUCUCACUGAGCACGAACGGCAACAAGGCGUGGAGCGUCUCCGUGCGAAUCAAACUGGCGCUUCCUCUUACAACUUUGACUGGUCCCAUGUUAUCGAGGUUGCCCUAGAACCAAAGAGUUGGCUUUGGGUUGUCAUGGCGCUGCUGCCAAACAUGGGAUCGGCGAUGACAAGCACUUUCGGCCCUCUUAUUGUCAAGGGUUUCGGAUUUGACGCAUAUCAAACUUCACUGCUUAACAUACCCUUCGGUGCCGUUCAAACAGUUGUCAUCGUCGCCAGUUGCUGGGCCUCCUACAAGUUGAAGCUGAAAUCCGCUGUUUUAGCCGGCUUCAUGCUCCCUGUAGUGACGGGCAUCGGAAUGCUUUACGGGCUCAGGCAUGACGACGAAUCCAAUCAGGGACCACUACUGCUGGCAUAUUAUCUGUGUGCUUUUUUGUUUUCUGCCAAUCCCCUACUCCUGUCAUGGGUCGUGGGAAACACUGCUGGUGCCGCCAAGACAUCCACCACGAUGGCACUUUAUCAGGUUGGUACGUCCGCGGGGGCUCUCGCUGGCCCCCUCCUAUUUACCGCAGAGCAAGCUCCAUCAUAUCUUCCCGGUAUCAGGGCCGUUCUUGGGCUCUUCAUUGCUUUGGUUGGCUGUGUGGUGCUCCAGGUUCUCAAUCUAGCCUUUUUGAAUAAACAGCACAGCAAACGGAGAGUCAGCAAUGGAAAGUCCGCGGAGGUCCAGGACAGAUCUAUGACAAAUGCGUUUGAAGCAGACGGGAAAGUGCAGGCACCUAUGUCCGAUGAAGCUGCACCAUUCCUAGACUUGACUGACCGGAAGAAUGACGAGUUCGUAUAUAUUUAUUGA